GUCAAAUUUUCUUAAAAAGGAUAUAUCUAUCACGAUUAAGUGCGAUUUCAUAAAUAAUAAUUUGUACAUAUUUUUUUUUUUCCAAAUAUUAAUCAAAAAAAUUAACAAGCAUUAAUGAAUGAGGCAGAAGCAUUGAAAGAAAUGGCAACGGUAAAUUUAAAUGGUAAAAAGAGUCCUAAUUUUCUAGCUAGAGAAAAUGUACAUCAAUGGGUCAAAUUAAAUGUGGGUGGGACAACUUUUUUAACAACAAAAACCACAUUAUCCCGUGAUCCGAACUCUUUUUUAUCAAGAUUAGUUCAAGAAGAUUCAGAUAUAAAAUCAGAUAAAGAUGAAACUGGUGCUUAUCUGAUUGAUAGAGAUCCUAGAUAUUUUGCUCCUGUUCUUAAUUAUUUAAGGCAUGGUAAACUGGUUUUAGAUGGUUUAUCAGAGGAAGGAGUAUUAGAGGAAGCAGAAUUUUAUAAUGUUACUCAGCUUAUAAGUUUAUUGAAAGAAUGUAUUUUACGAAGGGAUCAAAGACCAACUUCUGACAAAAAACGAGUUUAUAGAGUUUUACAAUGUCAAGAAAACGAGUUAACACAAAUGGUGUCAACUAUGUCUGACGGAUGGCGAUUUGAACAAUUAGUAAAUAUUGGUUCCCAGUAUAGCUACGGAGCGGAAGACACAGAAUUUUUAUUUGUUGUUUCAAAAGAAUGCCACAGUCCUUUGGUAAGGGAGCAAGAAUCUAACGAUCGUGCAAAAUUUUUACAACAGAAAGGAUCGAGAAUGUAAAAUCAUUAUCUUAUUUUUUUUUUUUAAUUGAAAUUCUGCUGCUCUUAAUUUUUAAUGUAUUUAUUAUUAACUGAUCCAAGAAGUGCGAACGCUUUUUAUGAAAAAAACAAAAAAAUCAAAAUACAAAAUAGAAAAGACUAAAAAGAAUUCAAAGCUUUACGGUCUUAUAUUUUUUAUUCGCCUUAAUAAUUAUAUGGUAUAUUAUACAAAAUGUUGCAAAAAAAGAAAAAGAAAUAAUUUUAUUAUUUUUUUUUGGCAUACCAGUUGUGUUACACUGCUAUUUGAAAAUUUUAAUUAGUCGACUUUUUAUGUAUAAUUUACAAUAUAUUAGUAAAUGUUUUUAUAUAACUUCGAAUACUUUUUUUUUUGCUAAAUUAUAUUUCAAAUUUAUAUUCAUAUACAUACUUAUAAGCAAAUUAAAAAAAAAAUAUAAAGUAUUGCUCGAAAAAG